ACGCACAUACUAGUUCUUAGGUGCUGGCGAAACCACUCAUCUCCAUUUUCAGAGUGAUUUUCUGAGACCUAUGCCGUUUGAAAGAGGGCGUUUCCCUCUUCCAGAAUAUACAGUUAUCUCAAAAUUUUCGAAAAACAUCGAUUCGCUGGUUUUGCCAGCGCCUUUAAAACUGUGCGUAUGGUUUGGCGCUGCGCCGCCGGACCGCUGCGGCGCGUGCUUUGACGGGAGGCUCCGGGGCGGCGUUGCGUGGUGUCGGGUGUCGCUGUGCGUGCUUUGCAAUAAGCGAUGUGUCGAUGUGUUCAUGAGUAAUAGCCAGGCGACGCGAACGUGUCAACCAAUCGCGCAAUUUGGCCGGCUUCCAUUAGGCGCACACUAUCCGUCCUGCCCCCCCUCGCGCCGAGUCACUUUUCUCUACCCUUCCCGGGACGGGAGCUGGUCACGCGACGGACUGCAGUCGGUCGCGCUGCCCGGCCGCGGGAGGACCAGGAGCAGCAGCAGCAGCCUCGGCGUGCGAGGGCGGUUCCCAGAUCCUCAUGCUCCAGCCGGGGGCCGCUGGACCAGCCGACGACGCUCAACUUGUGCAGUGCGCUGUACACGUGGCGACUGCUCACUUCCCCCGACCCGGCAUCCUUGUCGUAUCUGCGUCCCUCUGCGAUUUUUCGGCGGCUGUAAGCUUGCUUAUAAUUUUGCUCAACCAUCAAAUACUGUGGGCGGUUGAAAACGUGUGUGGAGCGGAAGAGCAUGGACAAGGCACGACUCUUUUGCCGCCAAAACCAUCCUCGUAUAUUCUUCUCGUGGCCCCUAGUGAGACCUGGGAGAGGGACUUUACUAAACAGGUUCUCCUACUCCGCGAACGGACCAACUGGAAUGCAAACGCAGCCUUUCUAAUCCUUCUGUUUGGAAAUACUCGGGCCGUCGACUUCGUUUUUAGCGAGCUGUGGCACCACAUGGUUUCAAACGCAGCUGUUGUCGUGUCUCAACCAGACGUGUCCGUGCUGGCGUGGUUCCCCAUCUCUUUCCCCGAAGAGAGCCCCACGGAGGCGGCAAGGUGGGAACACGGUCAGCUCGUUGAGGUCAAACCCCUAUUCGCCCGCCAGGUCGCCGUCGGUAGGCUGGAGAACCUAACGCUGAGGGCUGCUACCUUUGACUGGCCUCCGUACGCUAUUGUAAAUAAUGACAGCGGUCGCGGUCGUUCCGUGCGCACCGGCGUCGAAGUGGAGUUGCUGCGCGCCGUGAGUGGCGCCGUGGGCUUCCGCCUGCUGGAGGAGGCCCUCCUCGACGGCAACAACUGGCCGGAGCUGCUCAAGCGCCUCAACGAGGGGACCAUUGACGUCGGCCUGGGCGGGUUCAUCCCCUACCCCGAGCGCUACAUCUGGUUCGACGCGUCCGCCUCGUAUCUAGAGGACAGGACGAAGUGGUUCGUGACGCCGCCCCGGGCCCUCACCGUGCUGGAGUGCGUCUUCCACGUGUUCCGCCCGCGCGUCUGGACCAUCAUCUUCGGCAUCUACGUCGUCAUCGUCGUCCUCGAGGUCGUCUUCGCCAGCUCCAACGCCCUGGACUUGGCGCUUUACCGAAGCUGGCCCGCGGUCGCGCUCGACUCGUGGCGCCUGCUGGUGGACUCUGCCCUGCACGCGCUGCCGGUGACGACCCGGGUCCGACUCCUCGUCGCCGCCUGGAUCCUGGGCAGCAUGCACAUCAACCAGGCCUUCAGGUCCGUCCUCACGAGCAGCCUCAGCCGGGCGCAGUACGAGCGGUCGCCGAGGAGUCUCGACGAUUUGGUAAAGCAUCUGCCAUCGGUCACGGCAGCCCCACUGCGUUAGCCUGCACGUGGGCCAGCGCCCCAGGCCCAGGGUGCCUGUGCACAGUGACUGAAGUACAACUGUCGUCAUACAUAACCUACGUACAAAAUUUGUACGUAACUAUGCAUAAUAUCAAUUAAAAUUGUGCGUACGUUACGUAUGUGCAUAGUUGUACGUAAGGUUCGUAUGAAAUAGUACAUAGCAAAUCUGUGUGUGCAUAUAGGCCAUCCCGCCGCACAGGCGAGCGCGGCGGGGCGGCCAGCGCGCCUGCACGCCUGUGCGUAGGCCAUCCCGCCGUACAGGCG